CAGCACCCAGCUCAGGGCCUGGUAAAAGGGAGGCCUAAGGAAACAUUUAGUUGAGUGAAUGAAUGCCCAGAAUGCAUUUCAUACUGACUACCCUAGUAAACUAUAUAACCUUCAAGACCCCAGUUCAAAUGUCUUUCCCUCUGGGAAAACUUCCCUGAUUCUUGCAGCCAAUUACUCUCUCCUCUGCCUUGUGACCCUCCUGGGUUUCCUUGUCACCACCCCUCCAUACUGUACAUGUCUAAUUCCCUGGGUAUUUCCUUUGACAUUUGCUUCCAACUGGGGCUUGGCACCCAGGCGGCUUCAGGAGACCUUGGCUGAAUAAACGGAUGAGUGAAAACUCCAGGGAGAUAAUCACCAAGAAACCAAACCUGAUGGGUGUUUAAAUGUCAGGAAAAGCAGUCCACCUUCCUUAUUAGAAACAUCGAGAACACUAGGAAGAUAAGAAAGAAAUGUUUUCUGAACAUCUUAAUCACAUAUCCACCGCCUCCCCCUUAACUCAGAAUACACUGUACCUUGAACCAAACAAAAAUGUUUUGUUCCUCACUGCAGAAUCAUCCUAAUCAGCUGAUAAACAUUUUAAGCUAUUAUUUAAUGUUCACAGUAGUCAUUGUUUCUUAAGUCCUGUAUAACCAUCUGAAUUCAGUGACUGUGUCAUUCUAGGCGGAUCUGUAACAGGGAUCACAAGAAAGUCAACAAGUUUUGUUCACACUAGAGAAACCUUAGUUUUUCCCUGGAUGUCAGUUACUUCAGGAACAAAGCGUACAUUAUGAUUUUUCACAUGUCCCUGUUUGGGGAAGAUUCCUUUCUAAUGUUACAUUUCCUUUCUCGCAAGGGGAUUUUUCCACAGCUAGUGAUCUCAAAUCAGAGAAAACAGAGGUAGAAGGAAAAUAAACCCAGUGUCUUCCCUGUGGCAUUAUGACAGCUCAUUUGUUCAUUCAAUUGUUCAGUCAUUCAUUCAGCAGACAUUUUUGGAGCAGACUGUCCCAGGCACUGACGGGUCAGUGGACAGGAGUUGGACAAGGUCCUGGCCCUCGUGGAGCUGGGGCAUGGGCCCUCGUGGAGCUGGGGCAUGGGCUAGCGUGCAGGAAGCCUUUUGUCAUGGCCGGCUGCUGUUAAUGUUCCUUCAUUUUGACCAAUCCCUCCUGGGUCCUCCUGACAGCUCUUAGCCCAUGACAGUAGCCAGAGUAGACUCAAGGGAGUGAUACUGAGCUGGAACAAAUGGGGAGAAUGAAUGAAUGAAUGACACAGGACACCUGUGUCACCCAGGUUCAUGGGUGGGGGUGGCGAGAGCUGCAGCCUCAUCGCGGAAGGCCUCAGCACCGCCUUGCAGCUGUUUGACGAUUUCAAGAAGAUGCGGGAGCAGAUUGGGCAGACACACCGAGUCUGCCUCCUUAUCUGCAACUCGCCCCCGUACCUGUUGCCUGCUGUUGAGAGCACCACAUACUCUGGGUAUACGACUGAGAGUCUUGUGCAGAAGAUUGGGGAGCGGGGGAUCCACUUCUCCAUCGUGUCUCCCCGGAAGCUUCCUGCCCUGCGGCUUCUGUUCGAGAAGGCGGCUCCCCCGGCCUUGCUGGAGCCGCUGCAGCCCCCGGCAGAUGUGAGCCAGGACCCGAGGCACAUGGUGCUGGUGCGGGGGCUCGUCUUGCCUGUAGGGGGUAGCUCGGCCUCAGGGCCCCUCCAGCCAAAGCAGCCGGUGCCCCUGCCUCCCACUGCACCCUCGGGUGCCACUCUCUCAGCAGCCCCCCAGCAGCCUCUCCCCCCUGUGCCCCCGCAAUACCAGGUCCCUGGGAAUCUGAGCGCGGCUCAGGUGGCCGCCCAGAAUGCAGUGGAGGCUGCCAAGAACCAGAAGGCGGGGCUGGGCCCACGCUUCUCGCCCAUCACCCCUCUCCAGCAAGCCGCUCCAGGAGUGGGUCCCCCCUUCAGCCAGGCCCCAGCCCCCCCAUUACCCCCGGGACCCCCUGGUGCCCCCAAGCCGCCUCCUGCUUCCCAGCCCAGCCUGGUCUCCACUGUGGCCCCCGGCCCGGGCCUGGCCCCCUCUACACAGCCCGGGGGACCGUCCAUGGCGGGCACAGUGGCCCCAGGAGGGGUGAGCGGCCCUUCUCCAGCCCAGCUAGGGGCCCCGGCCCUCGGUGGGCAGCAGUCGGUCUCCAACAAACUUUUGGCCUGGAGCGGAGUCCUCGAGUGGCAGGAGAAACCUAAACCUGCCUCAGUGGAUGCUAACACCAAGCUGACACGGUCGCUGCCCUGCCAGGUCUAUGUGAAUCAUGGCGAGAACCUAAAGACAGAGCAGUGGCCCCAGAAGCUGAUCAUGCAGCUCAUCCCCCAGCAGCUGCUGACUACCCUGGGCCCUUUGUUCCGGAACUCAAGGAUGGUCCAGUUCCAUUUCACCAACAAGGACCUGGAGUCUCUCAAAGGCCUCUACCGCAUCAUGGGCAACGGCUUCGCGGGCUGUGUGCACUUCCCCCACACGGCCCCCUGCGAGGUGCGCGUGCUCAUGCUCCUGUACUCGUCCAAGAAGAAGAUCUUCAUGGGCCUCAUCCCCUAUGACCAGAGUGGCUUUGUCAACGGCAUCCGGCAGGUCAUCACCAACCACAAGCAGGUCCAGCAGCAGAAGCUGGAGCAACAGCGAGGGAUGGGGGGACAGCAGGCACCCCCAGGGCUAGGCCCCAUUCUGGAGGACCAAGCGAGGCCCUCACAGAAUCUGCUGCAGCUUCGCCCACCACAGCCCCAGCCUCAGGGCACUGUGGGGGCCUCUGGUGCCACAGGGCAGCCCCAGCCCCAAGGUACUACCCAGCCCCCCCCAGGUGCCCCUCAGGGCCCUCCUGGAGCUGCCCCCGGCCAACCCCCUCCUGGACCCAUCCUUCGCCCCCAGAACCCUGGGGCCAACCCCCAGCUGCGAAGCCUCCUCCUCAAUCCGCCACCGCCCCAGACUGGGGUACCCCCGCCCCAGGCCUCCCUCCACCACCUCCAGCCCCCUGGGGCUCCGGCGCUGCUGCCCCCACCGCACCAGGGCCUGGGGCAGCCCCAGCUGGGGCCCCCUCUCCUGCAUCCACCGCCUGCCCAGUCCUGGCCCGCACAGCUUCCCUCUCGGGCUCCACUGCCAGCGGCAAAACGAAAGAGAGAAGGAGAGGGCCGCGUGUUUCGAGAAAAGUGGGAGCGAGCCUAUUUCUUUGUGGAAGUGAAGAGCAUGCCUACGUGUUUAAUAUGCAAAAAAAUCGUGUCUGUGUUGAAAGAAUACAACCUGAAACGUCAUUACAAAUCAAAGCAUAGUAAGAGCUAUGACCAGUAUACGGAACAGACUCGGGACGCCAUCCUCAACGAACUGAAAAAGGGACUCAAAUGCCAAUAGUGUUUGCUUUGGAAAGCGAAUGACAGAAGUGGCGCGGCUGCAGCACUCGGUUCCAGAGUAACGUGAGAAGAAUUACCUGGGCAUUAAAACCUCCAACAGACGGCGAGUUCAUAAAGGAGCAGAAUGACACGUCCCAAACAGAAACAGACUGUUUAUAUGAUUAUUUAAGUCCAACGGGCAUUUGUGUUGCACAGUGAGUUGAAGAUAAAUAAGUCCAGUUGCUUGAAAGAGUCAAAUCGUGGCCUUUUCUAUCGCUGCUCAUAAACUAUUACCACCCAGUUAGCUUUAUUUAUUUGUGGUGUUAAGAAUUUUGAUGUGACCGAAGAAGUCUGUGACAUGGUGCCAAGGCAGGCCCAAUGCUGGGAAAUGACUUAUUUUUUGUGUGUUGAGAGAAAUGAAAAGUUUCUCAUAGACUGGCCAGAAUUCUUAAGCACAACUAUGGACAGUGUAAUCCCAGGGGGACCUGGCAGGACACUUUGUUCCAAGGUGGCAACAUUUGGCAAGGACAUGGGUCAGGUCAUGGCGUCUAUCACCAGGAGUUAAAUUGUUCUAAGAAAUUAAAUAGAACACAUCCUAGAUGCCCUCGACACUUAGGUCCUGUGCUUUAACCACGGGCAAGUUCACGGUGGCUUGACCCGAUGUAUUUCACAGAAGCUCUGUGAUCUGGUUGUGGAAGUCAUCUGAACUGUAAAAGUUAGUCAACUUGGUUCAUUUUAAAUCAGGCAAGAGCCACACUCGGUUCCCCCGAGAAGGUUAGUCAAAGACUCGGUCGACGUUACGACCCUUCUGAACACUGAAUAUUUCUCCGCAAGGAUGUUCACAAACCGCGACUUGAAUGUAUGAUCAUAUUUGCUCAGUCCUGGCAAAAAAUGGGGAGGCACCCCCAAGGCAAAAUCUGACUCUUAUUUUCUUUGCUGCAGUUGGUUUCCAGAAACAAAAGAGAUGGCCGGGUCUGUAUUCACCCAAAUUGUGGGGUUGAAGACCACAUUCCCCCAAAGGCUCUCUGAAUCCAGACUUUAUAACAAUGAACUAACGCUGUCCAGUUUGCCUUUGUUGGUUAAUGGUGUGAAUGCAGAGCACAAAUAGUAGUUAUCGAACCACAGUGCAAUAGGGCGCUGGUUCCUAAAUACAAUUCUAUUUGAAGAUGGCGAGAUUUUACAACCAUCUCCAGUAGUCCUGACUAUCCGUGUUGGGAAGUACCUAUGCUUCUGGACAGCUGUUUUCCGUUACGAACCUGAAUCAAAUUAAAUACCGCUCCCAAUGUAAGGAUUCAAGGUUGAAUUCUAAACUGCCCACCCCACCGUGCCAUCCAGGGCCUGAUAUUGACAUCUUGGUGCGGAAGGGAAGAUGUCAGCCCUUUGGCUUCAACUCAAAGGCGCAAAAGAAUUAUGAAAGAGAAAAUUUUAAUAAUUAAAUAUUUCUAUUUUUCAAUUUGUAUUUUUUCAAUUUUGAAUUUAAAAUAUAAACUCUAGUAUCAUACAUGUUUGUAUUAUGUUCCAUGCAUUCACCAUAGUUCAGUAAAGAUACGGUUUAAUUAUA